AACUUCACGUCAUCACCAAGUCCGUGAUCAUCGGGGAGCACCAAGUCCCCGGCACCGAAAGCACCAUGGCCUUUAAAUACCCCCGAGUCUGCCGGCCGUCGUUAAGGAGGAGGGAUCUCGCCAGCGUCUCCAUCUCUGGCUAGUCUCCGGCUCAACAUCGACCCCGGCACUUCGUUUUAGAAUUCUAUUCCGCAGUCGUCUGCACCACCGUCCGCCCCCGAUGGCCACUCAAGGCGUGACCUUCAACCCGACAACCGACAUCCCCUCCCUGGAGGGCAAGGUCAUCCUCAUCACCGGCGCCAACAGCGGGCUGGGCAAGCAGUCCGCCCUGGAGCUGGCCAAGCACAACCCGGCGCAGCUCUGGAUGGCCGCCCGCAGCCCGGAGAAGGGCAACGAGGCCGUGGCCGACGUCAAGCGCCAGGUCCCCGGCGCGGCCGCCACCUUCCUCGAGCUGGACCUGAGCUCGUUCGCCUCGAUCAAGCGCGCCGCCAAGACCGUGAUCGCCGCCUCGCCGCGGCUGGACAUCCUCAUGCUCAAUGCAGGACUGAUGGGCUGCCCGCCCCGCCUGACCGAAGACGGCUACGAGAUCCAGAUGGGCACCAACCACGUGGGCCACGCGCUGCUGCUCAAGCUGCUCACGCCGCUGCUGCAGCAGACAACCACCGCCGCCGCCGCCGGUGGCGCGGCGCGCGUCGUCAUCCUGUCCUCGUCGGCAUGGAAGUACGCCGGACCAGAAAAGAUCCAGUUCGACACGCUCAAGCGGCUCGACGCCGGCGUCACGCCCGUGAACCGCUACGUGCAGAGCAAGACGGCCAACAUGCUGUACGCGCGCGAGUUCGCGGCGCGGCACAACGGCGGCGGCGGCAGCGGCGGCGGCGACAACAACAGUGGCAGCCCCGGCAGGCUGGUCGUCGUGUCGGUCGACCCGGGCGAGGUGGACACGCAGCUGUUCAGGCGCGAGCCGGGCGACGAGCAGAUGGCGUACCUGCAGCGCGAGGUGGCGCCGAAGCGGGUCGGCCCUGUCGAGGAGGGGGUCAAGAACCAGCUGUGGGCGGCCACGGCGCCCGAGGGGGCCGUGGUGAGCGGCGAGCAUUACGAGCCGGUCGGGCGCAGGCCGGAGCCCACGGGUUUGUAUCUCGAUCAUGAGCUGGCGAGGGAGCUGUGGGAGUGGACGGCGAAGGAGCUGGAGGGGCACGAGAUUUAAGGGGUGGGUGGAAGGCGGGCAAGUGUUGGAUAGCCGUACCCGUUACGGGCUGAGUAAGAGAUGAUGUAGACAAACCAAGGAGAUCCAAGCCAAU